AUGGACUCCAUCCUCCUCCUUUUCUGUCUGUAUUUCUCUCUCAGUGCCGCUUCUCUCUGUCCUCUUCCUGCAGCUUUCAAGUGUGAAUCAAAGGGAAAUGGAAGAUAUAGAAGAUUUAUUGAUUGGGAGUGGAGGUGGUACCCCUCCUGGAUUUCGGUUGCCUCUUAAUUCUGUUGGAGUUAAUCCCCGGAAGAAUAAGAACAAAAACAAACCUAACCUUAAUGCCUCCAUUCUAUCUCAAAUUCCUUUGUCAACCAAGAUUCCUGGCACUCAGACCAUAUAUAUCAAGACUUUUGGAUGCUCACAUAACCAGAGUGACAGUGAAUAUAUGGCUGGUCAGCUUUCAUCAUUUGGUUAUGCAUUAACUGACCUUCCUGAGCAUGCUGACUUGUGGCUGGUCAAUACAUGCACUGUAAAAUCUCCAAGUCAGUCUGCAAUGGACACCCUAUUAGCAAAGGGUAAAAGCGCAAAAAAACCCCUGGUUGUUGCUGGGUGCGUGCCUCAAGGUAGUCGAAAUUUGAAAGAACUAGAAGGAGUCAGUAUAGUUGGUGUGCAGCAAAUAGACCGUGUAGUUGAAGUUGUGGAAGAGACUCUAAAAGGUCAUGAGGUGCGGCUUUUGAACCGCAGGACAUUGCCUGCACUAGAUUUGCCAAAGGUUCGCAAGAACAAGUUUGUUGAGAUUCUUCCAAUUAAUGUUGGUUGCUUGGGAGCUUGCACUUAUUGCAAGACAAAGCAUGCCCGUGGUCAUCUAGGGAGCUAUACUAUUGACAGCCUUGUGGGUCGUGUAAGAACAGUUAUAGCUGAUGGAGUCAAAGAAAUAUGGUUGAGCAGUGAAGAUACUGGAGCAUAUGGGCGUGACAUUGGGGUUAAUCUUCCAGCUUUAUUAAAUGCUAUUGUUGCUGAACUUCCAUCUGAUUCAAGCACCAUGCUUCGAAUUGGGAUGACAAAUCCUCCUUUUAUUCUUGAGCACUUGAAAGAGAUAGCAGAAGUUUUGUGUCACCCAUGUGUGUACUCUUUCCUUCAUGUGCCUGUGCAAUCUGGGAGCGAUUCUGUUUUGAAUGCCAUGAAACGAGAGUACACUGUGAGUGAGUUCAGGACUGUGGUAGAUACCUUGACUGAACUAGUUCCAGGGAUGCAAAUUGCUACUGACAUAAUAUGUGGAUUCCCAGGUGAAACGGAUGAUGAUUUUGCUCAAACUGUCAGCCUCAUUGACGAGUACAAAUUCCCUCAAGUUCAUAUAUCACAGUUUUAUCCUAGACCAGGAACUCCUGCUGCUAGGAUGAAGAAAGUCCCGAGUAACAUAGUGAAGAAAAGGAGCCGUGAAUUGACUUCUGUUUUUGAAGCUUUCACUCCAUAUAAUGGAAUGGAGGGUAGAGUGGAAAGAAUAUGGAUAACUGAAAUAGCAACUGAUGGAAUUCACCUGGUUGGCCAUACGAAGGCAUACAUUCAGGUGCUUGUAGUUGCUCCAGAAAGCAUGCUGGGUACUUCGGCUAUUGUUAAGAUAACAUCUGUUGGAAGGUGGUCUGUUUUUGGCGAAGUGAUUCAAGCUCUCAACCAAAUGGAUGAAAAAACAGUUUCCAGUAAAAAAAUGCCUGGUCAAGAAAAAUGUUCUCCCUGCUCCGACCCAUUUGUAACUUGUGCAUGUUCAAAGGAAUCAGAGCCUUGCGAUUGUGGACCAGAAAGCUGUGGAGGACAGAAUGAUGUGCUACUGGACAACCGAAAUAGAAGAAAUCUGAUUGGAUGGUUAUUGAGGAAGAGGAAAAAUCAAAUGCACAAAAAGGUGGAGAAUGGGAUUGCCUUGGGAUCCUUGAAAAAGCAAGAGCAGACAAGAGAAAACUCGAGUACAUGGAGCAUUGUCGAUUGGGCUCUUGUAGGAGGAAUGCUGGUCAGCUUAUUGACAAUUGUAGUUCUACUAUUGCAUCUUAGUUUUAGGACCAUUUCUGCCAAGUGAAUUAUAUAUUUUGUAUUUUACUCAUCCAUUUUUCGGGGAGACUCUUCAUGGAAGAUUAAAAGCACACAAAUGAAAUUUUGGUGGGUAAAACAGAUUCUUGCAAAGUUGUAUUUUUUAUGCCUUCUGUUAUUGAGGUCUGAUUGCACUUGCUAUGCAGCUUUUUGAAAAUCAUAUUUGUACUCUUCCUGCUUC